CUCCCAGGGCAGGAUGCAGCGGCUGCCGCCCGCGGCCGGCACCGGCUGCGCUGACAGAGGCGGCGGAUGAGGCAGCUCCCCACGCCCCCCACCGGCAGGUGCAGGAUGGAACAUGAGGCUACUCAGCUGGAAAAUCAGCAUGUACAUAGUGUGUAUGAAAGCACAGCCUCCUAUUUUAAUGACCUGCAGAGCAAAGCAUGGCCUCGUGUUCGUCAGUUUCUGUUGGAGCAAAAGCCUGGCAGUCUCAUUGCUGAUAUAGGAUGUGGGACUGGAAAGUAUCUCAAUAUCAACAGUCAGGUGUUUAAUCUGGGCUGUGAUUACUGCGAACCUUUGAUAAAUAUUGCAAGGAAGAAAGGCUGUGAAGUCUCAGUAUGUGACAACCUUAAUCUUCCCCUUAGGGAUCAGUGCUUCAAUGCAAUCAUCUCCAUCGGAGUGAUUCACCAUUUCUCAACUAAACAAAGAAGAAUCAAAGCAAUAAAAGAAAUGGCAAGGGUGUUGAUACCUGGAGGUCAGAUCAUGAUUUAUGUUUGGGCUAUGGAACAAAAAAAUCGUCGCUUUGAAAAACAAGACGUAUUUGUUCCAUGGAAUAGGGACUUAUGCUCCCGGCUUCUUUCAGAAUCAAAUCAGUUUGGACAUAAGAGUGAUCUUGAACAUACUGUAAAAAAACACCCACAGCAACUAGUAGGCUCUGAAUGCAGCUACCCAAUUAAUCUUAAACAGGAACUUGAUACAAAAACUUCCCACAGUACAGACCAUUGCUUAGCCAAAACCUGCUGCAUGAAAAUGUCUGAAGAAGAAGAAAAUCGAUUCUAUAGUGCUCUAGGGAAAUCUUUUCGUUCAUGGUUUUUCUCCAGAUCCCUUGAUGAUUCAACCUUAAGAAAGAAAACUGAGAAGGUGAAAUCUCUGAAGAAUGUAGGAGGAUGGGCAAACAGUACCAUAUCCAUUCAACCGUCAAGACACUGCAGUUUAGACUUAGGUCACUGUGGGCCAUUGUUAAAAGAGCAAAGUUUAGAUGAUGAUGAAGUGUUUAUGGAAAAUGCAUCUGUCAAAAAACCACAAUGGAUGACAGCCUCAGGUGUAAUAAGGGAUUUAAAUGAAGAACACCAUGGAGUAGUUCAGAGCAAGAAUGAAGAAACAUCUUUUCUGAGUGGUCCUGUGGAAGACGGGGACAACAACUGUACUUAUAGUAGAGAUGAAGAUGAUUAGAUUUUGAAAUAAACAAAGGUCCCUGGAAAGUUCAUUUCAAUAUAUACUUUAAUUCAACCAACCUAGUAGUAGAACAUAUCUUUCCAGUCAUCCUGGCCCCAGGCCUUACACAGAGCUGUUACCACAAGUGCCAAUUCAGUGCUACAGGAGUAACAGAAGAUUUCUAAAACUGAGCUAUGCAACAAAUAGGGCCUAAUCCUGUUUCUGUUGACUUCAGUGGGCUUUGGAUCGGGCCAUAAAUGGAAAUUUUGCCAUAAAGAGCACUGGACCUUCAUUCAGGAUGCAGGCUGUCCUCAGAUUCACCUUUGCUUUUGAUAUCAUAUGAAGGCUUUAAAGAAAUCAUGAAGCUAUUUAUGAUUGUGCAAAGAAGCUGUUCAGAUGCGAACUGAAUUUAUAACCAACUGGUCUAUGAAAUAUUAAACAAACUAUUAUUGUUCCUUAACAUGCUGCCUAGAAUGAGUGCUUCAACCUGCAUGAUGUGUAGGGACCUUGUGGAAUGUAUUAGGUGCUGGUUAAUUGAGAGUAGAAAGAACUCACUAGAGUCAAAGAGCUGAAGAAAAAUAUGAAUGUUUAAUGCUAAAUAUCCAAAAGUGAUUUAAUACCACAGUUAAAUAGAUAAUUUAAAAUGUAAUAUUCCUAUAUCAA